AUGCCCUAUAGCGGUGCCAACAACCAGAUGGAUGCUGAAGUCUACAGCGAGCUGACCGACACAAAUGGUCUUGAUCUGGAGUCUUAUUAUGCAUCCCUCGUCGACUGCUACAUUAACGGUAGCGGCGAGGUCGACGUGACGGCUACAACGAGCAACGGCAGAUCCCGCGCUACUUCUAUAACGGAUAUGCACGAAGCGGGUAAUGGCACAACGACGGGACUUUGA